CUGUCGGGGCGUGUCUUCUCCCGGAAACGGUCUAAGCCCCAGCUCCUGGCGGAGCGAGCUAGCCUGCGAAUUUCAGCAUGAGUGUACUGGUGAGGUCAGGUUUGGGGCCGUUGUGUGCCGUGGCGCGCGCAGCCAUUCCUUCUAUUUGGAGAGGGAAAUACUUCAGCUCCGGGAAUGAGCCUGCAGAAAACCCGGUGACGCCGAUGCUGCGUCAUCUUAUGUACAAAAUAAAGUCUACUGGACCCAUCACUGUGGCCGAGUACAUGAAGGAGGUGUUGACUAAUCCAGCCAAGGGUUAUUAUGUGUACCGUGACAUGCUAGGCGAAAAAGGAGAUUUCAUUACUUCACCUGAAAUAAGUCAAAUCUUUGGGGAGCUACUAGGGAUAUGGUUCAUUAGUGAAUGGAUGGCCACUGGAAAAAGCACAGCUUUCCAGCUGGUGGAACUGGGCCCAGGUAGGGGAACCCUCGUGGGAGAUAUUUUGAGGGUGUUCACUCAACUUGGAUCUGUGCUGAAAAAUUGUGACAUUUCAGUACAUCUGGUAGAGGUAAGCCAAAAAUUAAGUGAGAUUCAAGCAUUGACACUGACUGAAGAGAAGGUCCCAUUAGAGCGAAAUGCUGGAUCCCCAGUGUAUAUGAAAGGUGUCACUAAGUCUGGGAUUCCAAUUUCCUGGUACCGAGAUCUGCACGAUGUUCCAAAAGGGUACAGCUUUUAUCUUGCACAUGAAUUUUUUGAUGUUCUUCCUGUGCAUAAAUUUCAGAAAACACCACAGGGAUGGCGAGAAGUAUUUGUUGACAUUGAUCCACAGGUUUCUGAUAAACUGAGGUUUGUUUUGGCACCUUCUGCCACCCCAGCAGAAGCCUUCAUACAACAUGACGAAACAAGGGAUCAUGUUGAAGUGUGUCCUGAUGCUGGUGUUAUCAUCGAGGAACUUUCUCAACGCAUUGCAUUAACUGGAGGUGCUGCACUGGUUGCUGAUUAUGGUCAUGAUGGAACAAAGACAGAUACCUUCAGAGGGUUUUGUGACCACAAGCUUCAUGAUGUCUUAAUUGCCCCAGGAACAGCAGAUCUAACAGCUGAUGUGGACUUCAGUUAUUUGCGAAGAAUGGCACAGGGAAAAGUAGCCUCUCUGGGCCCAAUAAAACAACACACAUUUUUAAAAAAUAUGGGUAUUGAUGUCCGGCUGAAGGUUCUUUUAGAUAAAUCAAAUGAGCCAUCAGUGAGGCAGCAGUUACUUCAAGGAUAUGAUAUGUUAAUGAAUCCAAAGAAGAUGGGAGAGAGAUUUAACUUUUUUGCCUUGCUACCUCAUCAGAGACUUCAAGGUGGAAGAUAUCAGAGGAAUGCACGUCAGUCAAAACCCUUUGCAUCCCUUGUAGCUGGGUUUAGUGAACUUGCUUGGCAGUGAUAUUUCAGCUUGGACAUUUUACCCUUCAGUCGGCCCAAGAAAUCAAAAUAAAGGAAACACAUUUCAUACACUGCAGGUAACAAAAGUCAAAGUAUUUUAUCUUUUCACAGCAAGAACAGUCCAUGUUUAUAUAAUACAACCAAAAUUAUAGAACUUUUAGGGUUGUGACUGGCUUUGGUGCAAAUGUGUGCUCAAGCUAAUAAGUUAUUGUGAAACUGAGUUUCCUUUAACUUACAAAGCUAGUUGCCAUAUUUCUAUUUUAUUUUAAAAAGUAAACAUGCGGCUGGGCAUGGUGGCUCAUGCCUGUAAUCCCAGCACUUUGGGAGGCUGAGGUGGGCAUAUCACCUGAGGUCAGCAGUUAAAGACCAGCCUGACCAAAAUGGAGAAACCCCAUCUCUACUAAAAAUACAAAACUAACCAGGCAUGGUGGUACAUGCCUGUAAUCCCAGCUACUCAGGAGGCUGAGACAGGAGAAUCACUUGAACCUGGGAGGUGGAGGUUGCGGUGAGCUGAGAUCGUGCCACUGCACUCCAGCCUGGGCAACAAGAGCAAAACUCCCUCUCAAAAAAAAAAAGUAAACACGGGCACUGAUUGUUUUAAUAAAAAUGGGAAACAGACUAAAUGGCUAUUCACAGGAAACUGAUAAAAUAUAUGUUAUUUUUUUAAAUGAGCUAGGGCAAUAUGUUUUGACAGAAAACUCUAAGAUUUAGUAAGUGAAAAAAAGUAGGAUGCAAGAGUUUUUAUAGUUGAUUCCAUUUUUGUUGAAGGAGAAAAACUAAAUAAAUAUGAGUAAUUUCAUAGAAACUAAUACACUAGUGUACACUGGUUGUUUUCUGUGAUAUGUACUUGCAUACAAAGUAAGGAAUGAAUGCACAAUUUUCCCAAUUUGGAAGUGAGUUUGAGGGGCAGGGUGUGGCUGGGUAUUUGAAUUUCUUAUAUUGUGCAUCUGUGCAUUUUUUUUUAAAUUAUGAAGGUCACAGUAAGAAACAAACAGUAAAUCUUGACAUGUAGUUCAAAUAUGAGUUGGAGACCAGCGUGGCCAACAUGGUGAAACCCCAUCUCUACUAAAAAUACAAAAAUUAGCCCGGUGUGGUGGUGGGCAUCUGUAAUCCCAGCUACUCACGAGGCUGAGGCAGGAGAAUCGCUUGAACCCGGGAGGCGGAGGUUGCAGUGAGGGGAGAUUGUUCCGUUGCACUCUAGCCUGGGAGAGAGAGACACACACACACACACACACACACACACACACACACACACGGCCUAGGAGGAAUAAUUUUCAGAUAAAUGUCAAGUUUUGUUCUGUAUUAUGUUUUCAUUUUUUGGUUUUUAGAAGCUGUGUGUUAAUACUGGAAACAUAGAGUUAGAGAAUUAUUAAUUAGCAACAGAUUUACAAGGGAGAUUAAAGGGAAAGAAUACUUUCCCUUGAUGUCUUGAAUUUACGGCUUAACUGUAUCAGAAGUUCAUUGGCAGUGAUGAACUGUUGCUUUUUAUUGCUGCUUCUGCUUGACAGGAGUAGCAUUCUGUCCACACUACAUGGCCAUGUCAUGUAGCCUUUGAAUGUGGCCCAACACAAAUACGUAAGCUUUCUUAAAAUAUUAUGAGUUUUUUUUUUGCAAUUUUUUUUUCAAGCUCAUUAGCUAUCAUUAGUGUUGGUGUAUUUUAUGUGUGGCACAAGACAGUUCUUCCAAUGUGGCUAGGACCUAAAAGAUUAGACACCUCUGCACUAAAGUAAAGGAAGACGGAGGCCUUGCUUUUCAGAUGCUGCCCAGCCUCGGGCCACUCCUAGUUGUUCUCAUUCUAGAUUCCUGUAUUUGUUUUCUUUUUUUCAAAGACUUGGUUGGGAGAAUUUUUGAAAGAUGAAAACGACCAUAGUUGGCUCCUCUCAGAUAUGUUAAAGUUUUUAUAAUUAAGGGGCUAGAGUCAGACAAUGCCUUAUAUCUUAACACCUAGAAAGUUUGAUAUUAGGUUUUUAACUUUUUAAAGCCUUCUGGUAGUAUAACAGUUGGAUAAUUUGGUGGUAGUUUCUGAAAAAGUUAUACUUUACAAGAAAUGAGACCUCCAGAUAAUCAACUCAAAUUUAGUAUAAAAUUAUAAAAUGAGCUUUUUUUUAUUUUUGGCAGGUUAAAAAAAAAUCAGUGUUUUUAAAUAUAGCAUUAGUUCCAUUUACAAAUACUGUUUCCAAAAUAGUUCUUUUACCAAGGUCUGGUAAAAUAACACAACCAGGUAAAACUUUUCUUUGGAUACUUAUACUAGAAAUAGGCUCAGGUUUUCACAUGGAAAAGUAUGGUGAUAGGAAAUACAUUUUAUUAUCAAGCUUCCAGUAUAUUUACAAAAAGUUGGAUGUAACCAAAAAAAUAUUAAAAAUGUACUGAACAGUCAUUAUAGGCUACUUUGUACAUUAUCAAAUGUUUCUAGCAAUUACUUCUUAUACAAACACAACUUAAAGACAAAGUUAUGCAGGUUAUACAGUAUCUGGAAUAAUCAUUCAACUCCAGAUUCUCUGACAGUGCCUUUACAAAAUUUUUAGAAAACUUCUUAGGCAUUUAACAACAAAUACAGAGUGCAAUUAAUUUCAUGGCUUGUAAAGUUUGACUAUGUAAGUAAGUAUAGCAAACAAACAUCAUUCCAGUUAAUUUUCACCUUAUGUAGUAAAACCACAGUAGAUUGAUUGCCUAGUGACUCAGAAUUAUUCCAUUUUGUGUGUGUUGAUAUAAACGGACUUUGGUGAAACUGGGAAGUCAUCCUCUAUCACAGGGAAAAUAACAUUUCUAAAAAAAAAUUUUUUUUGAAAAUUAAUUUGAUUUAAUCUUUGAAGCUUCUAUAGAGGGACAAAUUACCAAGAGGGGAAUGUUUCCUGGAGGUAUUUAUGGGUAGAUAGUACAGCAUAAUGGUUGGGAGGGCUAAGGGUAAGAUUAGAGCCAUACUACUGGUCUCAAAUACUACUAACUGUUUGAAAUUUGGCAGUAAGUUAAUCUCCCCUUGCCUCAGUUUUCUUAUCUUUAAGAUGAAGCUCAUAAUGACUUAACACUAUGGUUGCUGUGAGGGUAAACUAAAACAUAAAAGAACUUAGAACACAGGAGUACUGCAUACUGUUUGCUACUAUUCUUUCAAGGAUAUUUUUAGUCUAGACAGGAGACUAGCUUCAGGGAUGUCGAAAGGCCUUCUCAGUCUGUUCAUGUACCAGAACAUUCUUUUUUUUUUUUUUGCUACCUCAAAUUUGGUGGGCAAUGAUAGUUAACACUUUCCUAGUUUUUAGUUUAUUUGACUGCAUUCAUACAUAUCUGAUCUUCACGACAACACUGUGACAAAGGGAGAGGCAAGAAUGAUAAUCUUCAUUUUACAGACUGAGGAACUGCAGACAGACCUGCCAUCUGUCCAGGCCAACAUAACUAACAAGUAGUGGAGUCCAAGACCUCAGCAAAAGUUUCGUUCUUUUACUUUUGUUAGAGUGGAGAAGAAAAAAAAAAAGGUUUACAAUGAUUACUGAGAAAUGAAGAAAUAAGCCACUGUUUCUUACAAGUAGAUGGUCCCACAUCUUAAACUUUGGGGAAGGUAUUUAAAAAUAUUUUUUAAAUAGCUGGCUGCUGGAGCUGAAAUGUGUAAAAAGAAGUACUUCUUUCAUUCUUUAAUUUGCUGUGCUGAUAAUACAGCCCCAGCCUUAUAAACUGUUUCAUGCUCCACUCCUACACAUCCCCUCAAACUGCUUAAAAUAAUUGACUUUAAAACACUCCAGAUAUCUGCAAAGCCCAAUAGGCUAGGGGAAGGAGAAAAAAGGAUACUGUUUGCUAUACAGUAACUGUAGCAUUAACUGACCCUGCACUGGCCCUGCUAAAAAGCAGAAAUUACUGAUUGAACCCUAGGUCAAGAUAAAUUGUGUAAAGCUGAGAUCUGCACCUGCUGAAUGCUGGAAUCCAGUACUGGCAUCAAGAUGGUGUCAGUCAGAACAUGCAUAUUUAGCAGCAGAGUGGAGCUAUGCAAAGACAUACAACUCAGCACUUAGACCAGCAGUACUCUUCCUUUUGUAACAUCAUUUGUCCCUAGUUAUCUUAGAAGCUGUUGCAACACACAGAAGGUGACAAUCCUUAUGCUGUAGAGAACAUAUUCAGAGUAGCAGAGCAACUCCAAAAAGGUUAGGAAUCACUAUUUUGGAGUCUUGAUUGACCUAAAAAAGAAAGGUAAAACAGCCCAGUGCGCUCUUUCUAGGCAUCUAAGAAAAACCCUUCAAUGCCUCUAUGGUUGGUUAAACCAAUGUUAAAAGUCCUUAUAGUAACAUCACAUAAUGGUAACCUCACAGUUAUCUCUUAAAUACAAGCCUGUCGAGUAAUCAAUCUUGUAAGUCUUGUAUAAUUUAGCCAAGCUAUAUAGUAACUGGAAGCUAGCUUGACUUGUUUUUCCUUAAAAAAACAAACAAAAAAAACAUAUAUAUAUAUAUAUAUAUAAAAAAACAGAAAAGGGAAGACAAAUUAAGUGAGCCUAUUGUAUUAAAUGAAGGAUUAAGAAAAAAUACAAAACCAGUUAUUGCUUAGGCUAAAAAAGUUUAUAAAAAGCUUCACCUUGAUUCCAUUAUGACUUCUUAUUAUUCAGUUUCCCGCCUGUACCUACUCAUUAUGAACUACAGUACUGGUGUCACUUAUUCAUUAUCAUAUUUCUUCAUAUCUUUGCAGCACUGCAGAUGACAAUCUACAAAGAACAAGUUACACAGCAAAAUAUCAGUCCAUAAAAUGAAAUCCUUCCUAUUUAGGUUAGCUCAGUGAUUAAGGAUCUUCUUCCAUAUCAUCUGGAUUAGGAGCCAUAAUGAAGUGCUUUGGGUAUACAAGGUUAUGUGUGUAUGCAUGUAUUUCCCAGCGAGCAUCAUCACUUUCAUGUGUAAUGUAACGUUCUCCAAUGCGAGUUUCAAAUUCUCUAAGGUCAAGCCAAGUCUGAUAGUCCUAGGAGAAAAUGAAAUUGUAAUGAUGAAACAUAAAAGAAACAAAAUACUGUCAA